AUGCGACUGUUACUCCUAAAGCGGGCACUACACACCACCAGCAAACCGAAAGUAUCCGAGGUACUCACGGCAUACCUGAAGCAAUGUAACGAACCACCCUGGACAUCAUACUUCAUCAAACAUAGCGACGUCUACAACGAUCAGUUCGGAUGGUCACAUUUCAACUGGACGCUCGAUACGGGCACGAACUAUCACAUCCUGCGUACGGGUUGCUACCCGUACAUGAAAUAUCACUGUACCAAGCGACCUUGGCAGGACCUUACACUGGACGAUCGGUUCUUUCGAUGCAUCAAGGUGGCUAAUUUGGGACUGCCACAGCUAUUUUACGGACUUGCGGCGAUGUUUCUUAUACGCCACGUUGAGUACGUGCAGAUCGGGAGCGGUUCAGCACAGGUGCCGAUCUUUUUCCUUUACGCGGAGCACAAAGGAUCGAUGUAUUAA